CAAUUGAUGAGACUACCGACAGCAAUGGAAGGGUUGCAGAGGAGGUUUGUAACAUGUUUCCAAAAGUAGACAAACUAAUUUCAAAUGUUAAAAAAACUUUUUUAAAAGCACCAUAUCGAGUCCAAAUUUUUAAAAACGAAGCUCCUGAAGUAAUGCUCCCCCCCUGAACCUAUAAUUACUCGUUGAGAGACGUGGUUAGAUGCAACAUACUAUUAUUGUAAAUAUAUACAAAGCAUUCCAAAUGUUUUUAUGAAGUUGGAUGACGAUUCAGCUUCUAUAUUAAAAGUAAAAAAUAUUUUGGAUGACCAACAAUUAGACGCAAAUUUGGUUUGUAUUACAGCCAAGUUUGGAAUUAUAUCUAAAUCGAUUACCCAGCUUGAAAAACGUGGAUUAAAACUAGUCGAUUCAAUUAACAUUGUAAACAGAAUGAUAGACGAUAUGAACAUAAUUGAUACACACUCGAAGAGUAUAAAAUCAGUAGUGGAAAAACUUAAAAAAGUAAUAGAAAAAAACAAAGGUUUCAAUACGCUUCGUAUAAUUUCAAAUAUUUUAAAUGACACUGAGGAAAACAUUGAUGAAUUAGGAGAUUUGAAUGCUAGUGAAAUGGUUUACUUCAAGUAUGCACCGAUCACGUCAAUGGACGUCGAACGAAGUUUUUCGCAAUAUAAGAACCUGCUGACAAAUAAAAGACGUUCUCUGCUAUUUGAAAAUAUCAAAGAAAUGUUAAUAAUUCAGUGCAAUUCUAAUUUAGGUAAGGUAAAUAUUUGAGAAUAAUUCAACAAUUAUUUUAACAUACCUUUUUUGUGCAAAAUAAUA